CCAAGGUAUCCCGACCAAGGAGUAAUCGACAAGCACGCACCUCGAGUUAUCUCAUCUACACACUUCUAGCCAUAGGGGCUCUUCACCUUACAACAGCCAAGUCUGCCAAGAUGCCAUUUCAUGAUAGCGAGUUUGGCUUGCUGUACAUGAACCGGGACCGGUUUGACUUCAAUCUUCAUUUUGAACAGCUCUUUUUCUCUAUUCUUCCAUGCACCUUGUUCAUCGUAUGCUCACUAUGGCGCGCUAUCACUCAGUCACGCAAGCCCUCCGUGGUUUAUGCACCUAUCUUCCAGCUCACCAAAUUGGGAGCUAUCAUAACAUAUGUUGGCCUUCAGAUCGCACUGCUGAUUCAAGUCGGCAUGGGCUCUUUCCAUGUCACUCGAAUCUUCAUCGCAUCUUCUGUUGUCGAUCUCGUAGCCGCUUUGGCUAUGGUGAUGAUCAGUUAUACUGACCAUAACCGGAGUCCGCGUCCCUCUAUCCUCUUGAACACUUAUCUGUUCCUGACUCUGUUGUUUGACAUUGCUCAGUCCCGUACGCUGUUCCUGCUCUCUGACAGUACACCGGAGAUUACCUACAGUGCCGUUUUUACAACAUCUUUAGCCGUCAAGAUCGUCAUUCUGUUCCUGGAAACUAAGUCUAAGAACAAAUGGAUAACAUGGGACAGAGAUGAGCAUAGCCCCGAAGAAACCAGUAGUAUCUUCUCACUCGGCGUUCUGUCAUGGCUAAACAGUAUUUUCUUGCAGGGUUAUAGAUCUACACUAUCCAUGGAUGAUCUUUACCCUCUGGAUGUUGCGCUGCAUAGUAAGCAGCUACAUGAUAGGUUCUUGGCCAACAUGGACUACAGCAAACUCAAAGGAGAUAGCUACGGUCUCGUCAAAGUCCUCGUCAAGACACUUCUUGUCCCUCUCCUUCUGCCAAUCCCUUUGAGACUCGCUCUACUAGGCUUCACCUUCUGUCAACCAUUCUUCAUUGAAAAGCUAUUAGAUCAUCUUUCGCGGCCUGAAAUCGAAGCCAAUGUGGGGUAUGGUUUUAUAGGUGCUGCAAUACUGAUCUACCUUGGUAUGGCUGUCUCGGCAGCUCUUUGCUGGUAUCUUCAUCACCGCAUGCGGGCCAUGACUAGAUCAAUAUUGGUGACAGAAAUAUUUUCCCGAGCCACACAAGCCCGCAUCGGAGCAGACGACCAUAACGCUGCCCUAACUCUGAUGAGUACCGAUAUUGAAAGAAUCAGACUCGGCCUUAGAAUGCUGCAUAAUGUUUGGGCAGGCGUGAUACAGGCUGCCCUAGCUGCUUGGAUGUUGUAUAUCAGGUUGGGACUGGUCUUCCUGGUACCCAUAGGAGUAGUUGUGGUAUGCUUCACUCUCUUGGGAGUUCUGGUAAACUUCACAGGAGAUUCUCAAAGAGCGUGGAUGACAGGUGUGCAAAAGCGCGUCGGUUUGACGGCUACAGUCAUUGCUGGAAUGAAGAACCUCAAGCUUUCCGGUCUGGCUUCCACUGUGAGCUCCUUCGUUCAGAAGUUACGAGUAGAGGAGCUUGCUGCUGGUGCUCGGUUUCGCAAGAUCUUCAUCCUAGCUGCUAUGCUUGGCUUCACACCCAUGCUGAUCAGUCCUCCACUAACCCUUGCGUUUACUCAGGCUUCACUUGAUACCUCAAAGGUCUUCACAAGUCUGGCAUUUUUGAUGCUCCUUACCAAUCCCCUCUCUCAAAUCUUUACCUCCAUACCCGAACUCGUCUCUGGAAUCGCCUGCAUUGGACGAAUCCAGGCCUUUUUAGAGUGCGAAACCCGUCAUGACUUCCGCCAAGUCCUGUCUGAUCGUAAGAAGAAUCUCAAUUUCACUGAAAUCGAAGCAGACACGGGUAGCUCAGAAAUCGAAACGGCACCCGACUCUACCAUGAUUAGCAUAAAGAAUGGCAAUUUUGGCUGGAAAGAAAAUGCCUUUGUUCUUCAAGAUAUCAAUGCAAAUAUUGAAAAAUCUUCUUUCACCAUGGUAGUUGGGCCUGUAGGUUCAGGGAAGUCGACCUUCUGCAAGACCCUUCUGGGUGAGAUCCCCAUGAGUCGAGGGAGUGUAGUUUUGAGUAUGCGAUGCCCUCGUAUCGGUUUCUGCGACCAGACUGCUUUUAUGUGGAAUGGGACUAUUCGCGAUAACAUUCUUGGCCUUUCAAUGUACGAUGAAAAGAGAUACAACUCAGUCAUCCAGGCUACAGCAUUGUCAGUGGACUUUGCCAAACUCACCCAAGGAGACCAAACCAAUGUCGGAUCGGAUGGCAUUACCCUGUCAGGAGGUCAGAAACAGCGGGUUUCCUUAGCGCGUGCCUUGUAUCUAGAGUCCGACUUGGUGAUACUGGACGAUGUGUUCAGCGGUCUCGAUGCAGAUACAGAGCUGCACGUUUUCCAACGAGUAUUUGGACCUGGAGGCUUACUUCAACAGAGACGCACGACCGUUGUAUUGUGUACUCAUAGCGUUCGCUUUCUCCCGUUCUCUGACCACGUCAUCGCUCUUGGGGACAACACUAUCAAGGAGCAAGGCAGCUUCAAGGAACUUGCUGAGCAAGGAGGUUACGUCCAGAGUCUCGGCAUACGUGAUUCAGCUGGCGGUGACGGGAGCGAAGCUGUGUCCGAAACAGCAGCCUCAAAAGAACGGACUGAAGCACAAAAGGACGCACAAGGCUCACCAGACGGGUCCCCGGGAGCCGAAGUCAACCUCGAUGACCCGAACCGUGCAACGGGCGACAAGGCGGUUUAUAAGUACUAUUUUCUGAGUAUGGGUCUCUUGGUGCCCUUCUGCUGUUUCUUCUUGGCUGCGCUCUGGGGUUUCUUUACCAAUUUCCCCACCAUUUGGCUUAAAUUUUGGACUGAUGAUAUAUCAUCCGAGACCCGAAGUCAUUCUCAUGCCUACUAUGUCUGCAUAUACGCGUUGUUGCAGGUCUCCGCUUUGAUCUCUUUGUUGCUCCUCGGCAUCACUCUUUUUAUUGUGUCGAUCAAGAGAGCUGGUGCUAAUCUCCAUCAUGAUACACUCACAACGUUAAUCCAGGCCCCAUUGUCCUUUUUCACACACGCCGACACCGGUGUUAUUGCCAAUCUUUUCUCACAAGAUCUCAAUUUGAUUGAUACUGAACUUCCAGAUGCUUUGUUGAAUACCUUGUUCUGUGUUUUCCAAGCCCUCGGACAAGCUGCAGUUAUGCCAACCUCAUCGGCAUACUUGGCUAUUAGUUAUCCGUUCCUUGCUGUUUUACUCUACUCGGUGCAAAGGUUUUAUCUUAGGACUUCUAGGCAACUAAGGCUCCUGGAUCUUGAGGCUAAAAGCCCCUUGUACACCCAUUUCAUGGAUACCGUGAGGGGAAUCACGACUCUGCGGGCUUUCGGCUACAUCUCCGAUGAAGUUUCUAAGAAUGCUAGGCUACUCAAUAGAAGCCAACAGCCCGCCUACCUUCUUGCCAUGGUGCAAGAGUGGCUCAAUCUCGUUUUGGACAUGAUAGUCAUGAUACUGGCAGCAGUAUUAACAACACUUGCAGUUAGACUCCACUCAAAUUCGGGUUUCACAGGUGCUUCUUUGGUUACUCUUAUGAGUUUCGGAGAAAGUCUAUCUGGUAUCGUUAUUUAUUACACACGUCUCGAAACAUCCAUAGGUGCCAUUUCCAGGCUCAAGACUUUCAACGCCACAGUCAAGCCUGAGGGCAAAGAGGGAGAGGACAUGGUACCCCCUGAGAAUUGGCCACAACAUGGCAGCGUGGAACUGAACAACGUUUCAGCGAGCUAUCAGUAAGCUGCGAUACUUUCUUUCAAGUGCGAACCAGAGGACAAUUGCUGAUAAAAUACUUAAAGAAUGGGGAGCGAAAGCGAAGGUGAACCUAAUUUGGCUCUUGAUAACCUUUGUCUGAGCAUCAAGCCAGGAGAAAAGGUGGCCAUCUGCGGCCGGACAGGCAGCGGAAAAUCAAGCCUUGUAUCUUUGCUGCUGAAACUCCUCGACCCUCUACAAGACACCCCCAAUGAAGGUCUUCUGAUUGAUGGUCUCCCACUGAAUAGCCUGGACAGAGAUGCCCUUCGUCAACGAGUCAUUGCGGUGCCUCAGGAGGCCGUUUUCUUGCCUGAUGGCGCAACUUUUAAAGAGAAUCUGGACCCUUCAGGCCUCUCAACCCUGGAUGAAUGCAAAGCCGUUCUUAUAGAUAUCGGGUUAUGGGACUUUGUUCAGGGUCGUGGCGGGAUUGAUGCUGGCAUGACGUCUUCGACUCUUAGCGGAGGUCAACGACAACUCAUGUCGAUUGGACGUUCUUUGCUACGGCGCCGGGCUCGAACACCGCAGACACCAGGCCCUGGGAAUAUGACAGAAAAGAUCAAGGACCAAGGUGGCUUAUUACUGCUCGACGAAGUUAAUUCCAGCGUCGAUCAGGACAUGGAACUCAUCAUCAAGCGGAUCAUCGAGACAGAGUUUGACGCAUACACGGUGAUUGCCGUAAGUCACCGCUUGGAUAUGAUUAUGGAUUUUGAUACAGUCGUGGUUCUUGAUACUGGUAAGCUUGUUGAGGUUGGAAAUCCUCGGGCAUUGGCUAGCACAGAAGGAAGCAGGUUUGCUAGUCUGGUAAGGGCUGGGGGGAAGUAGGUGUUCAUUGUUGA